AUAUAAGAAUUAAAAUAAUUGAAUUGUGGUUGCUGUUUAUAAGAAUACUUCAGUCAAAACGACAGUAAGAAAUAUAGGAAAUAUAGGAAAGAGGUAGAAAAAUCACCUAGGUACAGAUACCCUAAAUCCUAAUCCUAAUGCCUCCAGACUGAGAAUGUAGAUCUGAAAGCCAGUCUCACCAGAAUACAAAGACCUAAUUAGGAAGUCAAAAUUAGAAGAGCAAGGAGAUGCAGAAAAACCCACUGAGAUCCUUCAGUGCACAGGAGGCUGAGACUCCCUUACCUAAGGGGAGACAGACAGACAGACAGAGACAGAGAGGUCUCAAUCAUCUUGAUCUUGCCCUUUUAUACUCCUUUUCCCACAUCACUUCCUCUCCCACUUCACAGGAACCAAUCACAGCCUCCCAAUUCACCUAAUGGCGGACAUCCUUUCUAAUUAAAGAAAGCCAUAUGAGGACCCUGGAAGAUAGAAAAGGAGGCAUUGGCACUAGACUAAAAAGUAGUUGGACUGUAUAAGACACUACUAGAACUUAAAGGAGAAAAAUGAAUCUUGAAAAUGACAGUACAGCAUCUAAAAACAUAUUUGAUAUGGACUAUGCUUCAUGGAAAAUCCGUUUCGUAUUAGUGGUGGCUGGUUUUUUCUUCUACCUGGGUGUCUUUGUAGUUUGCCAUCAGCUCUCUUCCUGCCUUAAUGCCACCUAUAGAUCUCUGGUAGCCAAGGAAAAAGUCUUCUGGAAUCUUGCUGCCACCCGAGCAGUUUUUGGAAUUCAGAGUUCAACUGCUGGUCUAUGGGCUUUGCUUGUAGAUCCUGUUCUUUCUGCUGAUAAAGCACUUUCCCAGCAGAACUGGUGCUGGUUUAAUAUUGCUACUGCAACUGGCUUCUUUUUCUUUGAAAAUGCUGCUGUUCAUGUGUCAAAUUUGGCUUUUCGGACAUUUGACAUGUUCUUAGUAGUCCAUCAUCUCUUUGCCUUUCUUGGAUUUCUUGGACUAUUGACCAAUCUCAAAGCUGGACACUAUCUAGCCAUGACAACACUGCUACUAGAGAUGAGCACUCCUUUUACCUGCAUCUCCUGGAUGCUUUUAAAGGCCGGCUGGGCUGAUUGUCUGUUCUGGAAGGUAAAUCAGUGGCUGAUGAUCCACAUGUUUCACGGACGCAUGUUUUUGGCUUACCAUAUGUGGUGGGUAUGUUUUUGCCACUGGGACAACCUAAUCAACAGUCUGGCUCUUCCACACUUUGCACUUUUCCUGGUUGGCCUGGCCCUCCUUACCUUAAUUAUUAAUCCAUACUGGACACACAAAAAGACUCAGCAGUUGCUCAAUCCAGUGGAUUGGAACUUUGUGCAGCCGGGGCCAAAGAACAGUCAGCCUGUAAAAGUGAAUGGCCAAACCCUUCAAAGGAAGAGGCAGUAAUUUUGCCAGAACAACUAAAUACCUACCAAGAACUGGAAACAAAGUGGGACAGAUGCAUACUGUGUGAAAAUCUUUUUAAAAUCACUAACCAGCUGAUGAAAGGGUGUUUGCUUUGAUUUUUGUAUCUUCUUGGUGUUCAUUUUGAAGUAGCCACAAAGUAUUUUGAUUUUGGUUUUUAAACUCCAGUUUGCUUUAAUAGGUGGAUUUUGCCUCCAUAAUAGCAAGUACUUUUGACUUUCAGUGUUCAGGCAGUAAACUUUACCCAUGUUGGGUUCAUUAAUGUAGCAUUAAAAACAUGAGUCACGGAUCAAAUUUCAAGUUCUUCACAGAUUUGUCUGUUUAUAUUAGGAACUCUCGAAAUUGCAGGUUAACUUUGAAUCAGCAUUUAUUUUUGGUUCUUGUUUUCAAAGAUUUGUCUCUUUCUGUAAGGAACUCUCAAAUGUGGGUAACUUUAAAUCAGUAUUUUCUGUUCCUGUUUUCAUACAGUAAUGCGAUUUGUAACCCUGUUUAAAAGGAGUUAUAUUUUAAACGCCACAUGUGCAACAGUGUCACCUAGUGGCAGAAUGAUAGGGGAACCAACUGAUUCUUCGAGGUUCAAGAGAUCAUGGAGAGAAAUAAUGAUCCUUGAAAUGAAGGAAAUUUGUGAAACUGGAAUUUCAGAGGAAACCUUCAAAAGAACUCUGAGGGGUGAAACCCUUCUGAUUCAUAUAUUUUAGCUAUGAAUUUGUACCCAAAAGCAAGGACUGGUAAUUGUCAUAAUUGUUCAUAUAAAAUGUUCCAUAUAAUAUUCUUCGGGACACAAAGUAUCUUUUGUUGUUGUGGUUUUAACAGUAUAUUCCUUUAGGUGAAUCCCACAAAUGAGGACCAAACUCAGUAGUUAAUGUUAUAAAUUCAUUAACUUCUAUAUUUUUCUACAAGGCAUCUGUUUCUAUUCUAUUUAUAUGAAGGUUUUAUUUUUUGUUUGCAUUAAAUACUCAGUAAUUACUUUUUGGAAAACAAUGAUGAUGCUAAAAGUAUUUGAUUUCCCUGAGGGUUUGGGUUUUGUUUUUUUUUUUGAAGAUUGUGAUAUCAAGGCUGUCUGUCAAAAUUGUCAAAAUGUUAGAUGCUUUAAUUUUAGUAAAAAUAUACAAAAAGCACUAAUGUACUAAAAGUUAAUUCUGGUUUAUACUGAUUUAAAUGUUCAUAGUAUGGGUACAUGGGGACUGGAUCUGUGAUUUCAUUCAUCUAGUGAACUCUUUACUAAUGUGGUACAGAACCUUCUCUACAAUUUAUUGUCCUUGAGAAUAACACAUCAUUGAGGUCCCCCUAAUCAUUAUUGUCAGAGGCAGGACUUGCCCACAUCUUCCUAUGACUUAGACUAGCUCUCUGUCCAUGUUGCCAUGAUGCCUCUCUCUUCCCUUAUACUUUUUUAAAUGAUAUUUUAACAGCUAAGUUCAAUACCUUCAUAAUAAAAGAAGCCUUUGCUUUCUUGCUGAAUUUUAUUUCUGCUUCAGUACUGAAGGAAUCUAUUAUGUCAGGAGAAGAAUUCUUCCACUGAAGCAAGUAAGUGGUAUAGUACAUAGCACAGGAGGCCUGAAGUCAGGAAGAUACCUCACAUACUUUACUAGCAGUAUGACCUUGGGCAAGUCACUUAACCUCUGGCUGCCUCCAUUUCUUCACCUACAAAAUAGGGAUAAAAAUGGCAUUUACUUCCCAGGAUUGUUGUCAGGAUGAGAUAUUAUUUGUUAAGCAAUUAUAAACCUUAACAUACUACACAGCAUUUCUGCAGCAUGUUAAGGUUUAUAAAUAUAAAUUCUAUUCUCUUUGGAAAAACACUAAUUAGUUAGUCUUAAUCCAUAUGAUGCUGUGUGUUUCUAAACUUAGCUUGGUUGAUCUUGAGAUAAAACAAAACUACCCCAAACUUUGACUUUUCAGCAUGUUCAGAUGUGCCAGAGCUGGUGUUCCACUAACAUAGUAUUUGAGAAUGGAGGGUCAUUCUGAUUAUUGAGAGGGAAUGGAGAAUGAAUUAUUGUUAGAAAAGAAAUUUUAAAAUUCUAUGUGUAUUUUUCUUGAUCCAGGGAGUGAAUCUGGUUCUGACGGCAUCCCUGAUCUACUUAUUAGGUAUAGAUUUCAUUUAUAUUAUAUUCUUAGGGAUUGUGUCAAGGACUCGACCACAUUUUGCUUUACACAAACUCGUAAGUCUUCCCACAUUUUUGCAUAACUGUCUGUUCUCUUUGUCUGGCAUUAUUUUUUAAUAUUUAAAAAUUCAAAUCAAAAAAUUCAGAAUUAUUUAAGUAAGUGGCUUCUCAGGCAUUUUAUUGUUUUGUAGGUUUCAUUUUCUCUGUAGUCAGUUUUUGUUGAAAAGCAUUUUCACAAUGUUGCAUCAUAAUAAAGUUAAGCAAGAAGAUAUCUUAAAACAAUUUCAAUCUGCAAUGUAAUUUUACAUGACUAAAUAAAACUGGGUAAGAGUAUACUAAUUGCCUCUUAAAGGUAUUUCAAAAUAUGGAAGUUACUGGUGAUCAUUUAGGUCAAUUUAUAUUAAACUUAUUGAUACCUUUAUUUUAAUGAUUUAAGGUUUUAAAAUCCAGAGAUCAUGUUAAUAUCUUUAAAAUACAGUUCACUAACUGCCUACUCCUCAAAUGACUUGAAUAUUUUCUGUGCAAUGUAUCCUUUGCUGUGCAGUCGCUAAUACUAUUAGCUUUUCUUUCAAAAACAGGAAAGUUCGACUUGCAUUAGCGGAACCAAAGUGGAAUCCCAGUUCAUUUAUAACAAUAAAUUAACCUGGCUAUUUAUCAUAAAGCUUUAAUUGUGGAUAUUUUAUUUCUUCAAGAUACAAAUAUGUGAUCAUUCUUGAGUAACUACAAAACUUUGUUUGCUCUGCAGUUUUAUCCUAAUUUUAUUUGAGUAAAUACAACAUGGAUCUUUGAAGAAUAAUAAUAAAAGUUGUGAUCAGAAAAAUUCAUAAUAUGAAAAGGACUGGUCAAGUGGUGAGAAUGAAGAGCAUCAGGUGGAUGGCUGGUCUAGCUGUUUCACUGAUAUUUGAUAAUAGAGAGGAAGAUCUUCAACAUCUAUGGUGAACUUUUGGAAGGUCAUAGACAGGAGUUGCAUAUUUGUGAAUGGUUUGCAACUUGUAUCAUUCAAGGGAACAUUCAAACUGAUGAGGUCACAAAUCCACUAGAUUUUCUUUUGAGGACUUUAGUAUCUCAUUUUUAUGUCUCUUUUUUUUUCCUUUUGUGCCCUUCAUGCCCUGGCAGACUUGUUCAGUCAGUCAGUAACCAUUUAUUAUGUAUCUAUGGUGUGCCAAGCACUGUUCUAAAUGCUAGCACAUGGUAUACUGUUGAAAUAUAGAGGUACUGGGAAAACUACCCUCGAUAGACAAUGAAGUAUACCUUUGAAUUCCACCUUUUAUAUUUAUUUAUUGUCUUUGUGACCACAGACAGGACCUAAUGAAACUGUUUACAUAAAGAGCUAGUGUGGAGAAAGUUCUCUGUACAUAAAAGUGUCUCAGAAAUGUGAAUAGUUAUCAGUAUUGGACAUAAAGUUAUAAACUGAGUGACUAGUCCACAGUCCCAAUUUCUAAGAUUCCUGCUGCUGUAAAUGCUUUAAUACGUCUAUGGUUUUAUUAAUACUAAUAUUCUUUAAUGCUUUAAGGUUUCUAAGUAGAAUUCACAGGGGGCAGGUAAGUGGUCUAGAAAUGGGCAGUCCUGGGUUCCAACAUGGCCUCAAACACUUCCCAGCUGUGUGACCCUGGAAAAAGUCACUUAAUCCCCUUUGCCUAGCCUUUAUUGCUCUUCUUUGGAACCAAUACGCAGUACUGAUUCUAAGAUGGAAGGUAAAGGUUAUUAUUAAAAAUAAAGAAAAAUUCCUUCCUAAAAACCUUCUAAAGUAGCCAUUCAAGUCCUUUUCUCAUUUUAAUUGAGUUUCUUUUAUUUUUAGUGAUGAUUGAUAAAAGCAAGGAGCACAGGGAUCUGGGACACUUAUUAAGUGCUAGUUCCCUACACCUUUUACGGUCACUAUCACUACCCUCUCCUCUUGUAAUAAAUAAUUAUAGUAGCCACUCCACCAACCCCCCCAAAUACACAUGUGGUAGUGUCUGAAAAUGAAUAGCUGAUCCACUUUCACCUCUGAAAAGGUAGAAAGCAUGAUUCUUCAUCAUUCUUCUGGGAUCAUGAUUAGUUAUAUAGAUUAUAGUUUUCUAAUUUUUCAUAGAUGUUUUUCUUUGGAAUUUAAAAUAUUGUAUGUUUUACAUACUCUUUCCCACAAGAUAAUGAAAUCUUCAGAACAGUUGUCUUUGUAUUCCAUUAUCUACCUCGCAUAAUACCUUUAGGAAACAUAGCUACUUCGUUUCUAAGGUAGAAUUUGAGCUCAGGCCUCUUCUGUCUCAAAGUACAUAUCUAUACCAGCAUGUCUUUCUACACUGUAAGAGCAGUGAACAUUACUAGUGAAAUACUAACUCUGAGAUCCCCUUCCGUCUUAGAUUUUAUGAUUUCUACAAAGGAAAAUACUGCUUCAUUGAGUUUAUUUUUUAUUUGUUUCUAGUAUAAAAUCAGGUGUAUAUUUUGCUGCUACCAUAUUUGGAUUCUGGAUAUAGUCAUGAAAUCUUCAAGUAAUAUGUUUGGGUUUUUUUUCCCCCAAGCAUGAAUUUUAAAUAAAAUGGAUAAUGUUCUAUCGAAAA